AUGUCUCAAACGAAUCUGAAAGUCGUCUUUGGAGCCAUGACCUUCGGCCCCGAAGGCAUAACCGGCGCCCGUGUCCACGACCAUAAAGACCAAGCUGCCAUGCUCGACGCCUUCCAAGCACGCGGCCACAAUGAGAUCGACACCGCACGUCUCUAUGGCGGCGGGCAAUCCGAAACCGUGCUCGCGCAGAACGACUGGGGCAGGCCGCGGCCUCGUCAUGGCCACGAAGCUUUCGAUCUGUCGUAUAACCAUACGCCAGCAGAUAUAAGGAGGGGUCUGAUGGAUAGCCUUAAGGCGUUGGGAACGAAGAAAAUCAAGCUGUUUUACCUGCACGGUCCGGACCGGAAGACACCGUACGAGGAUACGCUAAGGGAGGUGAAUAAGCUGCAUGAAGAAGGGUACUUCGACCGUUUCGGCGUGUCCAAUUACAUGGCAUGGGAAGUUGCCCAAAUGUGUGAGAUCUGUAGCCGCAACAAUUGGAUCCGCCCCACGGUCUAUCAAGGCGUAUACUCUGGUAGACUCACCACCUCUUUCUCUCUCGCAGACAACCAACCCGCACCUGGAUUAGUCGCCCACGCCAGUAUUGUACAGGUUAUGUCCACGGAUACACGGCAACGCUUCGGUUGGGUGCGAAUAUCGUCGGACCCGGGAUCCCCUAUCGGAUUCUGUAAUGCCAACCGACAGAUUGGAUGUUAUGAGAACGAUACCGACGACAGUGAAAGUGAUGGCAGCCUUCCUGGAGCGACUGUGGCUCGGUUUCAUGACGCUUCAGAUACUGCGAAUGAACUGCGCCCCAAUAUCCAUUCAACCGACAAAGUGACUGGUGCUAAAGGCACUCCCAGGCGCAGAGCGCGUUCUGAUGUUGUUAAUUCAGAGACGCGUCCGGUGCCUCACGCCGCUAUGCUACCAGACGACGCGCCUCAGAGCACUACCGAUGGCCCAAUUGCGAAAGAAUGCAGCCUUGAAUCAUGGCUGGAGCGAGACGCGCUCAUUGAGAAAACCACACGAGAUCAUCAACUACCGAACCCGGUCGAUGUUCUCCAGUACAUGAUCCAGCAGGCCGGCGUUCACCACCCAGAACGGUACGGAGCAUUUCUCGCAUCGGAUGAUUGGAUUACUCUCGCCUGCAACUUCUUCAACUUCCACAAGACGUCGGUCCCGAAGAUGGUGGCAUCUACCUCCAUAUCAUCUAGCAGAAGCAUGAUCCGGAUCACUUUUACCUAUACGUUGGCCAGAGUGUACAGCUUCAAGCCCGCAUUCGGGCGCACCGGGAUCCGAUUUAUCGAGCAGGGCAUCGCACUCUUCAUUAUCACGUCUGGGACUACUUUCCUGCCAACGGACUAG